CAACUGAGGCGGGCCUCUCCAUUGGCUGUCAUUGUUGAAAGUUGAUUAUCUGCCUAUACCCUUUUUGAAUUUUGUUACCAUAAAAGGUUACCUUCGCGUGAGUCGUGUGAUGUCAAUAAAUAUUGCUGACUGUAAUAUUCCUGUGAGAAAACCCCUGAUUAAACAAGAGUUUGAAUUACACACACUAAAGAUAAAAGUGAUAUGAAUAUUACUUUGACAUCAUAAAAAAAAAACAAGGACACAAAUAAGUUUUGUUCUUUGGUACAUGCUCUGACAGCAGGACCCUGAGUUAUUUGAGAAGCUUCAUGUGGAAUUGAACCUCUUGUUUGUUAUGAAGCAGGAAGCUACACUUUUUAAAGAAGAAGCUUAGCUUUUAUUUUGGUCUUUGCUCGGUUGUGACCUGAGCAGGUUUCACACACUCCUGAGUGCUGAACGGGUCUGACAUCUGAAAACAACAAUGAAGUUACACCUGAGGAUCAUCAUCUUUUUAUUAGUGAUCGUCUCAUCUGCUGCUGUAAAGUUGAAGAGUCACCAGUCAGGCGUUAAGGGAGGAUCCAUCACUUUUCCUGAUCCUCUGGAGAAUGGACUUCUUAUAUUUCAAAGAAGUAACAUUGCUGAAGUGAAGGACAAAAAAAUAGAUAUAUUGGAGGAACCUUACAAGGACAGACUUUUAUGGAACAACAAAACUGGUCUUUUCACAAUCAGAGGACUAAAGCGGAAGGACUCUGGUGUUUAUGGUAUUGAUCCUAUAAAAGGAUUUAGUUCCAUAAGAAGUCAUAAACUCACUGUAUAUGAGUCUGUAGCAGCUCCUGCAGUGGAAGCUCUGAACAUGAGCACAGAGAGCUGCUCCUUUCUGUGUUUGGUGACUAAGACUGAAGAGACGAUUCUGCUGUGGUACAAAGAUGAGGAAAUAAUACACCAGAGCAGCUCUGCUCUCUCACUGCCUCUCACUGUACACAGACAUGAUGUCAACUCAUCUUAUAGAUGUGUGGCAGCCAACCCUGCUGAAAAUAAGACUCUUCAUGUCGAUGUUAGGAACAUCUGCAGUCCAGGUGGCAGUAACACACAGUCCUGGUUGUUCCUGACUCCUGUGUUGGUGUUUUGGGUUGCUUUUGCUGUUUGCAUCCUUUUGACGAACAUGAAGAGAAAGCGAAAGAGAGAGACUGACGGCUGAUCUACAAUCAUAUGCAAACAGUCGUGAAAUGUGAGGAAGCUCCAGACUGAGGUUUGUGUAGCUGCCAUGACAUCCUGCAGUGCUUUGUGAAUGUGGCAUCACCAGAUGAGGAACAACAGAUGCAUAGACUGAUCCAAAGUGGGAAAUGGAAUUGAUAAUGAACGUGACAUGACAUGUGGUAGUGUUUGAUUUGUACGACUUCUAAAAAUGAAAAGUAAACAUUUGAGACUGGGAAUAUUGAAAACAUGAAAAAAAGUAAAACACUUAUCCAGAUUAAUAUCACCAGCAAUAAUAAUAAAAAAACAUAUCAACAUAUUAAAGUCAAAGAAGGGGAAGAGAGUUGAAAACUGGAUUAAAAAAAAAUUGCUCCAGAUCCUUCCCACACAAAUCAGACUGCAAUUGCCUUGAAUACUGUAUGUUCACUUAAAGCUCUUGUUUUGUGCCUGACAGGCUCAGAAGUCAGAGAGAGAGAGAGAGAGAGAGAGAGAGAGAGAGAGAGAGAGAGAGAGAGAGAGAGAGAGAGAGAGAGAGAGAGAGAGGCAGAGAGAGAGAGAGAGGGAGAGAGAGAGAGGGAGAGACAGAGAGAGAGAGAGAGAGAGGCAGAGAGAGAGAGAGAGAGAGAGAGAGAGACAGAGAGAGAGAGACAGAGAGAGAGCAAGCAAUCAAGCUUUUUGUCAUUGUUAGACCACUUUAAUUUAAAAGAUUGAACUUUUUCCUGGCACAUUUUUCCUUUAUUUGUUGUAGAAAAUGUGAUAUUUACAAUCCUGCAGGUAGGAGCAUUAUAAUUUUGCAGGUACAGACAUCAUUUAUAGAAUUAUUAGAAAAACAAUAAGUAAAUCUUUUCAGGAAACAUGAACUCCAAAGAAAGUUUUUCCAAUGGAUUUAGCAAUUGCACAUGUUUUGAUAUUGUUUGCAGGUAGUAAGGAGAUAAUAAUACAUUUUAUAAGUCUGUUUCCUGUAGUCACAGUCAGUACACACUCUGCAAUAACAAAACAAACAAACAGAUGAAAAGUACUCUAACCAGAGACUCUGUCUGAUACCACAUGAAACAAACAGAUUUUCUUUAUAUUUUAUAUAAAUAUGUGCAGUGUUAGUGUUGAGGAGUGGUUUCAGUAUCUAAUGACCCACAACAUGUGUCUGAUGGUUUCUUUUCACAGUGCAGUGAAACAGCGCUCUCUUGUGUCACCUUUCAUCAUUACAUCUGCACCCACUGUUCUAGACCUUCUCUUGUCUUGACGAAUGUAAUAUUGAUGUAUGUACCAAAAAACAAUAUAAAUAAAGUAAGAAAGCUCA